AUGUCAAAAUUCACCACAUUCAAUUUUCCAGUUUCACCAUAUGGAAAUCUUGAUUUCUUUCAAAUCGAAGAGUCUUUGGGUAAGUUUGUAACUGUGAAAUUAGAAAACGAUGAAGUCUUCGAGGGAUAUUUGUAUAAUAUUGAUCCAGUAACUUUUAGUGUAUUUUUAUUAAAGAUUAAUAAAGAAGAUUUGCUAGAAAGUUCAAUUCCUUCUAAACACAAAGUUUUGGUCGUAAUGCAUCACGCCAUAUCAGAUUUUCAAGUGAACGAAAAAGAAAACAGAUUAUCAAAGGAAGUCUUGGAUUCGAUCGUAACAACUCGAACAGAUGAUUACGAUGUCAAUUCAGAAUUGAUACAGAAAAGAAAAGAAGCCUUGAUUAAUUUAUUUGAAUCGCAACGAUUACAGAUAACAUACGAUAAAGAUGAUCCAAUAAUUCAUGUAAUGAAUAGAGCAAACGUUUUGCCACCAUACGUAACAUCGUCUAUCGAAUAUUAUCUGAUUGAUCAUCAACUGAAAAUGGAAUCGAACAGUAAUGAUUUAAAAUCGGCAGCAGCAUCUUUAGAGACAAAGAUUUCAACGCCGUAUCGUAAAAACAAAGUUUAUGAGAAUUGUAAAGUGUACUCGGAAACAGGAGAACUUAUGUUUCGUUGUAAUAGAAAAAAAUGUUUAUGGUAUUUAACACGUAAUUUAGCCAAACAAUUAUCUAGUGAUUCUAUACAACUUACCUUUACACCUAAGGGAUUAGGUUAUGCUCAAAAAAAACAAAAUGAUAAAUUAGAUCGUUGUGUUUGUUGUGCUCAAACCGAAAAGUUAACUUUACACCAUGUAGUUCCAGAUAUGUACCGUAAACGAAUGCCUGAAGUAAUCAAAUCACAUUCGAGUCACGAUGUUGUUUUAUUGUGUUUUGGAUGUCAUUCUUCUUAUGAAAAACAUGUAACACAAUAUAAAAAACAAAUCGUCAAAGAAUUUAAUGCACCACCUUUAGAGGUUGAUUCUAAAGAUAGGAUUAGACUUGAAGAAAAUAUCAAAGUUAAAAAAGCUGCAAAUACAUUAUUAAAAAGAUUAAAAGCAAUUUCUCACCAAACUGAAACUUCAACAAAUGCCAAUUUUCUUACUAAAAGGUUUUCUUUUAUACCAAAGGAACGAGUAGAGCAAUUGGAACAAAUCGUUUUAGAUUGGUAUUAUGAUCAGAAUCAAAACAAUAAUACUUCAGCUUUAAUAAAUCAAAAAAAAUAUUAUUAUGUAUCAAUGAAUGAUGAUGGUAAAGAGGAAGAAAUAAUUUUUGAUGAAACAAAACAUGACGAUGAUGAUAUUGAAUCAAAAAAAAGGAUUCGUUGGUCACGUAUAGAAAUUUUUAUAAAAAAUUGGCGGCAACACUUUUUGGAUUAUGCAAAUCCAAAAUAUUUAUCUAAAAAUUGGAAAGUAAAUAAUAAAAUUUACAAUUUUUUAUAA